AUGAAAAAGUUAGCUGACCGAUUUCUAGCCAUUUCGGCUUCUAUUCGUACUAGAGGAGAGCACCACCUCCUCAUCUCCUCCUUCACCGACGCUACGGUGGACGAUGAUGGCCUCGGAGAACAUGGGCAGCGGCACCAUGAUCUAGAGCUCCCUCGAGCGUCCAACGCUGAUAAUCAGCCGCUGCCGUCGGACCUGCCCAUCGUAACACGGAGGGAAAUCUUCCAAGUUCUCAGAGAAAAGUAUGGCAAUGGAUUCGGAGAUUUCAUCCAAGAAAAGGUGUGCCCUCUGGCAGGAGACGUUAUCUGUGAGGAUUUUGGACUAGACACUGCCAAGCUGAAAGAACUGUCCAAGAAUAUGGACAUCAUCGUGAAUGGUGCUGCAACUACGAAUUUCUAUGAAAGAUACGAUGUAGCUUUUGACACUAACGUCUUGGGAGCGAAGCACAUGUAUGCAUUUGCGAACAAGUGCAUCAAACUAAAAAUGCUGCUUCACAUUUCAACAGCUUACGUAAGCGGUGAACAAGAGGGACUAAUACUAGAGAAACCAUUCAUAAUGGGCGAUACACUACGGGCAGGCACACAUUUAGAUGUCGAAUCUGAGCUAAAUCUGAUCAAACAUACCAAGAUGGAACUGAAUGCUAACUGUGCUACAGAAAGGGCUGAGAGGAAAACCAUGAAGGAACUUGGCCUCAAGAGAGCAAGGCAUUUCGGGUGGCCAAAUACCUACGUUUUCACCAAGGCAAUGGGCGAGAUGCUGCUGGGGCACCUAGAAGGUGACCUUCCAGUUGUCAUCGUCAGGCCAAGCAUCAUAACUAGCAUCCUCAAGGACCCAUUGCCUGGAUGGAUAGAAGGAGUUAGGACAAUUGACUCUGUUAUCUUGGGUUACACCAAGCAGGCCUUGAAAUUCUUUCUAGUAGACCCCGAUGCCAUAAUGGACGUGAUUCCGGGGGACAUGGUGGUGAACUCUAUGAUGGUAGCCAUGGCGGCGCACACAGAGGAACAGGUGCAGACCGUCUAUCACUUGACGUCGUCUGUGAGCAACCCGACGUCUUACACCACUCUCCAGGAGUCAGGCCAUCGCUACUUCAAGGACAACCCGCCCCGAGGGAAGAACGGCGAGCCCAUCCGGCUGAACAAUAUGCGCUUCUUCAGCACGGUCGCCAGGCUCCGCGCGUACAUCGUCAUCAAGUACAAGUUCCCUCUUGAGGUCCUCCACCUGGUGAACGUGCUGCUCUGUGGCCUUUUCUCGCGGCGCUACAAUGAGCUCAACGGAAAAUACAGAUUGGCCAUGCAUCUGAUUGAGCUCUAUGCGCCUUACACCUUAUUCAAAGGACGCUUUGAUGACAUGAACCUUGAGAAGCUGAGGAAAGCGAUGGAGAGUAAUAAAGAUGGAGGAGAAUGCUGCUUUGAUUUCGAUCUCAGGAGAAUCGACUGGGACGACUAUUUCUACAAGGUUCACUUUCCUGGCGUCCUCAAGUAUCUGGCGUGACUUGAGUUACAUUCAACCAACUAAAUAAAUGCUACCUUUGAACGCACUGUUGCAAAGCUCUCAUGGGUGUGUUUUACCUUCGCUGUUAUAGUUGUGCUAUGUUCCAUAUAUGUACCUAUGAUGCUGCAUUAAUAAAGCUUUAAACGCAG